AUGUCUCAAUUCCCAUUCUCUUUCGGUAACCAAGAAAUGUUCUCUCCACUAGAUGAGUAUUUAAUAGACACGGUCAGUGAAAAGCUGGAUCAAUUGGAUGAAGAUUUAAUAUACCUUCGUGAUUGCCAAAAAAAAAGUAACACGCAUCCCUUUCAAGAACAGGAUGAUGACAUGUAUCAACGUUGUGCAAGAGUACUCGACGAUUAUAACAAAGAGAGAAGCGAUUUACCGUAUGAUUACGAAGAUAGUUCAAUGGACGACCAUGGAUAUAGGUUACCAUGCAACUACGAAGAUAAGUUUAAUUUAUCGUACAAUAACGAGGAUAAUUCAAAUGGUAGCUUUGAAUAUAAUCUAUCUUACGGCAAUGAACCAACAAGCUCCCCUAAGGAAAGAUACAUUGAUCCCCAUCUGCUGACUCUACCAAUAGUAGACAGAUUAAAUUUGGAAGAAAAUGCAGACGUCAAGUAUCCAAUGAAUGAACCUUUUGUGGACAGUGAAUUUUCAUUAAUUGGAGAAGCCAAUUCUACUGAAGCCAUUGCAACCACAGGGACCAUUGAAAAUACUGGGAUUACUGAAGCAAUUGGAUCAACUGAGCCAACUCAAGCAGCUCAACCAACUGAAGCACUCAGGAUAAAUCCUGAAUUUCCCUGCCCUCAUUGCCAGAAAACAUACCGAACGGAAGCCCAACAGAAAAAGCAUCUGAAGGAUGUUCAUGUAGAGAGGAAGCACAUGUGUCUUUUCUGUUCACGGUGGUUUAAGAGGAAGGAUCAUAUGAUCAAGCAUCAGGAAGGAGGUUCACCUUGUAAAGGUGCUAACCAGAAAUCCUAG